UGAUUGGCGGAACGCCGCGUAGCCUCGAACCCAUCGGCCAUUUCCCACCAUGCAUGCCUGCUCCAAAGGAUCCGUCACACAAAAGCAAGAUGGAGGAUCUCGCAGUCGAAGUAUGCGGCGAAAACGGAGCGUAUUAUAAGGCCUUUGUCACUGAUGUCUUUGAUGAAGAGGUUUUAGUAGCUUUUGAAAAUGACUGGCAGCCUGAAUCGAAGUUUCCUUUUGCUCAAGUACGCCUACCUCCCAAAGAUGGCCCUAAGCCUGAAUUUGUAGAACAUCAAGAAAUUGAAGUGUUCUCCAGGGCAAAUGACCAGGAAGCCUGUGGGUGGUGGAAAGCCAUUAUCCAGAUGAUGAAGGGAGGAUUUCUAGUUGUGGAAUAUCUAGGAUGGGAGAACACAUAUACAGAAAUAGUCAACAGUGAAAGACUUAGGCCGAAAAAUCCCAAUCCACCUAUCGACAAGACCACCUUCCACAAAAUUGAGAUCGAUGUACCUGAGGAAUUGCGGGAAUUAUUUUCUUCACAUCGCAGUGCAAAAAUGGAUAAUGCACAUAAGGAAUUUCAAAAGGCGAUAGAAGCUGCUGUGUGCCGAUACGUGCCUGAUAGGGGAGUAUUGCUGGCCAUCUCCCGUAGUGAAAACACACGCCGACAUAGUGCCAUGCUACAGGACAUGCACUUCCGUAAUUUAUCACAAAAGGUUUUACUACUGAAAAGAACAGAAGAGGCAGCACGUCAACUUGAAUCUACUAAACUGCAAACCAGUGGCGGCAAAUUUAGAUCUUCAAACUUUAUAUAUCAGCGUGUCUCAAACUUUGAGGCAGGAGUGAGAACGAAUUCAAGGUAUACAGACGAGUUCAAUGUGCGAGAAGACUUGAUGGGACUCGCGAUUGGUGCUCAUGGAGCCAACAUACAACAGGCCAGAAAAGUUGAAGGAAUCACCAACAUAGAGCUAGAGGAAAACUCGUGUACCUUCAAAAUUUAUGGAGAGACGCACGAAGCUGUGAAGAAGGCGCGGUCUAUGCUGGAAUACAGCGAGGAGUCCAUACAAGUUCCUCGCGUUCUCGUGGGGAAGGUUAUAGGAAAAAACGGUCGCAUCAUACAGGAAAUUGUAGACAAAAGUGGUGUGAUAACAUCUGGCUCGAGUGGGAAUGUACAUACUGAUAGAGUCCGGGUUAAAAUCGAGGGCGACAAUGAGCCUCAACCCACGAUUCCUCGCGAAGAGGGUCAAGUUCCUUUUGUAUUUGUUGGCACAGUCGAAAGCAUAGCUAAUGCUAAGGUCCUGCUUGAGUAUCACUUGGCACACCUGAAGGAGGUGGAACAACUCAGACAGGAAAAACUAGAAAUAGACCAACAGUUGCGGAGUAUGCAUGGUUCGACAACUGGACCAAUGCCUAGUUUUCCUUCCCAAAGACGAGGCAUGGGAUCCGGGCCUGAAGAUGGGGGAGGCGGCCGUCCCAACAGAGGUGGUCCAUCCCGAGGACGCGGGAGGGGUAGGGCCUCGAUCAGACACAACGCUGGAUCUCGUCGUGAUACUUUGGAUGGUAGCGAGGAUCGCAUGAGGGAUUCGUCGAUGAGAGGGGGGCACCAAGGUCAAGGUGGUUCCGGGAAUUCCGGAUACAUGGGUAGUAGACAAGGACGACCUCCGUCUCAACGCCGAGAUCGUAGAGACGAUCGUCGCCGAAUGACAGAUGAUGAAGAUACUGUCCUUGACAGUCAAGACGUUUCAAGUAUUGAUAGAGAAUCAGUAUCAAGUGUGGAGGGAGGAUCACGAGGCAUGAGGAGAAGGAGACCGAGACGUUCUCGACAGCGCAGCUCUACACCAGCAAAUAAUCCGAAAGGUAGCAACGUUGGGCCAAGUGAUCAGUCAACUUUGACAAGUAAGGAGGGAACUCCGGCUAAUGAUGUGAUUGUAUCAAAUUCAAACUCCCAAGGGCCGAAGAGCCAGAGAGAACCCCGACCUCGUCAUUCCCGUAUGGCGCCUAAUAGCAAGCCGAAAGAGGCCAUGGUCAACGGUACUAGUGGCUAAGCUAUCUAUAAAUAUAGUUGAAAUCAGCCUGUAUCUAAAAAGAAGCUGUUGAUACCAGUACACUACAUGACGCAUACACCCAAAAGGACUACGUAAUUAUGGAAGACGACGUGAUUAACCUAUGCUCGUUGUUAAGACUGUUUGCUACCGAUAAGAAUAUGACUUGUUUAAGAAGAAAGUGUCAUUCUCCUUACGAAAGAAUUUUUUUAAGGGCACAUAUUAAUACCCAUGCAUGGUUUAGUUUAAUGAUAGUAAAGGAAAAGAAAACCAAUACUAUCAUACUUGAAUAUCUGGACGCUCUCAUGAUUGGGAGAUAGUAGAAGCAAAAAUUAAUGAUGGUGAUCGUAAAACUGUGCCUCAUUUUUAUAUAUCAAGAUCCAAGACACUAUACCACUAUGGUCGUAUUAUUUAAUAGUACUUCCAGAGGGGUUUAAGAAUUUUUCAAAUACACUGAAAACUGGUUUUUUGGAGGUUGUUCGUCAAUUUCCUUAUGAACAUAUAUAUCUCCAUCACGUUUAUUCUUAACCAGUUCAAUCACGUUAGAAUUCAUAAUACCCAUGUUAAUUUGAUAUUUCGUUAUAACAUGCCAUAUAAAAUUUGGCAUGUAAGUUUCACGCUUACUCAAAUCAGAAUGGUUUUUUUUAAUUUUUUUUUUAUUUGUUAUCUUUCAUUACCUCAAGCUUCUUUACAAUGGAGUUUAUUUUACUCGCGACAAUGAAUUGUGCGUGUAUAAAAUAACGUUUCACACAAGGCAUAGUUACGUGACGUACCUAUUACUUUAUGGAAAAAUAAAUUCUUUGCUUAUCUAUUACUCCUAAUAUGUGAAACGUGUGAGUCCGUAUUUUUAGUUGACGUGUUAUUCGCAUAUCACGUUCAAGUCAAAAGAGAUCAAUGCUAUUACUCAAUUAAUCCUUGAGACAAAAUGAAUGGCGAUUGAAACUCACAUAAUCUUCAAAUUUUGUUUUGAAAAAACCUGUUUCAGGAGUUAGAUAUAAAGUUUGAACUUAAUAAUUAUAUCCUCAAUUUUACCAACUUCUAAUACAGUUAAACUAUAGUUUGGUAGAGUAAAGUUCAAUGUUUCAUUGAAAGUCAAUAAAAAAAUUCAAAUUCACGUGGUUGAAUGUUUUUAUACGGCUUUACUCUUAUGCUAUGCUCGUUUUCAUAUUUAUCUUCGAAUAUAUUGUUGUUUUCGCAAAAUUGAAAAUCAAAGUAGUUUGAAGUAAGUUUUGUAAAAAAAAAACUCAAAAAUCGUGCUCCUCGUUAAUAACGCAAAAUAAGGUGAAAUACCAAAUAUGGCUCAAUGACAAUGAUAUUUAGUGCAAUGAGAAUACAAGUUAUUUUGUUUUUCAAUUUUUUUCUAUACCGAGUAUUACAUUGUAUCAGCUAUUAUUGAAACAUAACGAUUGGUAGUACCUUACCUACUACGUGAACAAAUACAAAAUUUUCAUUUGUAGACAAACAAUAAAAAACGAAUGCUAGUAUUUUGAACUUACCACAAUCCAUACUUUAACGAUUCUAACAUCUUGUUAAUUGGUUUAAUCGUGUGUAAAACCAGCUGUACUCUACUAUAAAUCGUGCUGUCGCUUGGCAAAAAUAGAUUCAUCAACCGCGUACACCAUCUGCCUCUGGGUUUUAUUAUACUUCUGCAUAAAUUACAUGAUUGAUUACACGUUAAAAAAAAUGCUCAGUCGUUUUUUUAUACUGUAAUAAUCAAUAUGAAGUAUGUUACACGUUUGCCUCCUAACACUUGGAAAAAUUGAAUAUAAAAUAGCGGUAUAAGUAUUUCGUCCAUUCUAAAGAAUCGAUGACAGCAGCUUGUGAUUUCGGUUUUGCUGUGUUGCCAAUGGUGUCAUGUUUCUUUCCUGCUGAGAUUGAGUUCUUGGUUGUUUUUUUUUCAAUAAAUAGUCUGUAUAGUUACUUAACAAUACUAGAUUUUUAUGUUUCAACGCUGAGUGCUAAUUAAUAUCUUGAAGAACGUUAAAGCGGCCUGUUUAGUUGAGAAGAAGAAGAAAAAAAAAAAAACAAGAUUAAGAAAAAAGCAAACAGGUGCGCACAAA